AUGGCCCGCGGCAACAUCGACGUCUACAAGGUCUUCUACAAGGGCGACCACGACGACUUCGUGGUGUUCGUCGAGGACGUGGCGGCGGUGCAGAACUGGAGAAAGGACCGGUCGAUCCCGCUAUCGCAGGUGGUCAACGGCUUCAAGGUGUUUUGCACGCAUCGGCAAGGCGCGCAGGGCAUCUACGACGGCGCCAGCAAGGCGCUGCUGGAGAGCGAGUUCGGCACGUCCAACGAGGACGACGUCGUGACGAAGAUUCUGGAGAAGGGCGAGAUCCAGGAGAGCGAGAACCGAGAACGUAAUGGAUCGAAGAAUGAUUCCAAGGGGGUGUACAUGUCGCGUUAG